CGUCAUCAGGCCUUAUCCAGGAAGUGGAAAAACAUCAACAAUCCUGGUUCAGUCUAGGGCGAAGUGUCAGUGUAGCCUAGCAGCGAGGUAGCCGAGAUUACUUUAUUUUUUAUAUAUUUAGUUUGGUAGCGUGUAGCGUCGCAAACAUGUCGUUGUUUGGUAAGAUUUUUGGGGGAGGUGGAAAAGGGGGAAAGGGACCGAGCCCCCAGGAGGCGAUCCAGAAACUCCGAGAGACGGAGGAGAUGCUAACCAAGAAACAGGAAUUUCUAGAGAAAAAGAUCGAACAGGAGCUGCAAAUCGCGAAGAAAAACGGCACGAAAAACAAAAGAGCGGCUUUGCAAGCUUUGAAAAGAAAGAAGCGAUAUGAGAAGCAGCUUGCCCAGAUUGACGGCACACUGUCCACCAUUGAGUUCCAGCGAGAGGCUUUGGAGAAUGCAAAUACCAACACUGAAGUGCUCAAGAACAUGGGCUUUGCUGCUAAGGCCAUGAAGUCUGCCCAUGAAAACAUGGACAUUGACAAGGUAGAUGACCUGAUGCAGGACAUAACAGAUCAGCAAGAGCUGGCCCAGGAAAUCUCUGAUGCCAUCUCCAAACCUGUCGGCUUUGGAGAGGAAUUUGAUGAGGAUGAACUGUUGGCAGAGCUGGAUGAGCUGGAACAGGAGGAGCUGGACAAAAACCUGCUGGAGAUUGGAGGGCCCGAGAACGUUCCCCUCCCCAACGUGCCUUCUUCUUCGAUACCCUCCAGACCUGCUAAGAAAGAGGAGGAUGAGGAUGACAUGGAGGACCUGCAGCGCUGGGCAAUGGAAGCCAUGUAAAGAUUGCAUCUACAACAUCAUACCUGCAUCACAGCAGAGAAGAGGAAGGAGCAAGGAGGAAUGAAUGGACUGAUAGGAUGCUGUGUAUGAAUGUUUUGUCUGAAGAGAACUCACUGUCUACCUUAUGUAACACUACAAAAAAGCAAAAAUGCUGUAGCUUUUUUUUUCCCCGUUUCCCAUCACUAUUUAAACCUGAAAGCUCCCUGGUGCUCUGUGAAAACGAGCCAAUCUGGGGCUUUUAUAUCUAGAAUAAUUGAAUAAUUUGAAUGCGAGCACUGUGGCCCCUGCAGUGGGCAGGGUUCUUUCAGCACACUUUAUCCAGUUUAUAUUGAAAUUUAUUAUUGUUGUUGUUAUUAUUAUUAUUAUUAUCAACAACUCUGUGGUGUGAUAAUGGGCCUACUGUCAGGUUUGUCUCACUGGCUGUGGUAUUGUUAACAACAGUGGAUGAUGGAGAGAAUUUUUACAAGAGCUGAAUCCUCAGAAAUAUUUCUGACUCGCUUAUUUACCUGCAUUUGUGGCGUAACAUUGUUGGAUGGUUUUCUUUUUUGACAAAAAUAACAAUCCUUAGCAUCCUUUUUUUGUUGUUGAAAAUAAGAAACAGCUGAGCAUGUGCUAGGCGAAGAAGCUUCGAGGUGUGUGUUUGCUGGGUAUGAGCCUCUUAUUUUGUUUCAGAGUGUGUGUCUUGUUCCUUCACUCUUUGGCUCCUGUCGCCAUUUCAGCGACGUCUCCCUCCUCAAAGGCGUUUUCACAGUGGUUCUUGUUAUUUGGUGUACAUAUCCCAAACGUGUCUCUUUUUAUAUACUGUAUUUCUGCUGUCACUGAGAGGUUGUGUGAAGCAUGCAACAAUGGGAAAUCACAAUACGGAUCACAACACACAGCUAGACAGAGAAAUGUUUACCUUAACACAUUCAUCCUGCUCUGUUUGUCCUUUAUUUUCAAAUUGUUUAAUGUUAUAAUAAUAAUAAACUAUUGUCACAUCUUAUUAACUGCAUCCAGAAAAAGAUAGUGGUUUAUAAAAGAUUAGAUUAUAGUCAAUCUACAACAUCAUCUUUUUGAAGUUAUUUCCUCUAGUUUUUCAAAGUCAUGAUGUACAUUUUCUACAUUUCAAAAUAUAAUACGAGGAUGGAUGGACACGCAUGUUUGCAUUUUUAUGUUUUAUUUAUCCAGAUGAGAAUAUUAUUUGCAAAAUCAUUAAAGGUUUUCAAGUA